CUGAAAAAGUUAGUCCUUGCGAUUUACUCGUGAACAUGUGAGGUAUUUGUGUCAUUAUUGUGUUAAUAUUAUUUUAAACACGAUGUCAAGAGACGAUCCACGUAUUCAGGCGGUAAAAAACUUGGUUGAAUUAGUUGAAGACUUCCCAAAACCGGGAAUACUAUUCAAAAACCUGUUCCCUGUGCUACGAAACCCAGCCGUCUUCAAUGGUCUAAUACAAGUUCUGUCGGAGGACAUUAAGGCCCGCUGCUCGGGGGUAGAGGUGAUAGUGGGUCUGGAUUCACGGGGGUUUCUGUUCGGCCCCGGUGUAGCCUUGCAACUGGGCGUCGCCUUUGUACCCGUUCGUAAGAAGGGCAAGUUGCCCGGAGAGACUAUCAGCGUUGAAUACUCCCUGGAGUACGGGAAGGAUUCGUGUGAGAUACAAAAGAAUUCCAUUCGACCUGGGCAGAAAGUGGUCAUUAUAGACGAUCUUCUGGCGACUGGCGGUACCAUGAAAGCUGCAUGUGAUUUAAUGGAGGCUGCCAAAGCGGAAGUGCUUGCAUGUGUUGUCGUCAUCGAGCUGAAUGAACUGAACGGAAAAGACAAGCUGAAAUACCCUGUUAUAUCCUACCUCAGUUAAUAUGUGUCUGGUUCUUAAAGCGGAAAUAUCUAUGAAUUAGUUUUUCAGAAUUGUUUUUAUAGUUUUC